AUGGAUAUGAUGGCUAAGCAAUGUAGAGCGCUGAUUACAUCUCUGGCUCAAGCACCAGUCGACUCGAAGGAGGUGACAUCUUCGAUCUUCAGAACCGCCCUCAAUCCAAACCGAGAAAAGGGGCAGUAUCUUGCAACUCCAAACGAACUAGCGGCCGAUGCCGUUUUGAUGUUCCUCGCGGGCACCGAUACCACUGCUCAUGCACUGACAUUCGGCAUCUGGGAGAUGAUGAAAAAACCUGAGCUUUGGAUGCGGUUGCGAGAAGAAGUUGUUGGAGUAUUGCCAGAUACGCGGAGUCUUGCGCAUCUCAAGGAUCUGGAGAGUCUGCCUUUUCUUAGAGCUGUGAUCAAAGAAUCUCUUCGAUUCUCCAUGGGGACCUCUGCGCGGCUCCCCCGAGUCGUGCCACACAGUGGUGCAGUUCUCUGCGGAGAAAGUAUUGCUCCAGGAACCCGCGUCUCCUUCUCUCAUUACGUGUACAACAACGACCCGGCGAUAUUCCCAGAUCCAUAUUCAUUCCGACCUGAACGCUGGCUUGGAGACAAUGUGGAUGAGCUCGAGAACCAUAUGGUGUCAUCAACCAGCUUGGCUUAUGCGGAACUCUACACUACAUUUGCCCAUCUGGUUCGUAGGUUCGAUAUAAUAAACGACGGUACAACGAAUGAGAUGAUGGAUUGGACUGAUGGAUUUACGCCGAGAUUCAAGGGUAAUCUCAAGGUGAAAUUACGAGCCCUUCAUUCGGAGCUGGAAUAA